AUGUCAAUGAGGGCGACGGUUAGUGACGAAGCCUUGAGCGAAAAGCUAUCAGAAAAGGAUAUUUUCAAGAUCAAACUCUCGUUAUCUUGCCUUUCUAACCGCGUUGUGGUGAGCGGCACGACAGCAGUUUUGUAUUUUUGGCAACCACCAAGUCCCGAAUCACCUUCGAAUCAGUGGACAUAUGCGCGGAGCGGAGUUCCAGUUUUGGUCAUAAGCUCAGGAGACUCUGGUGAUAGAAAUCCUAGAGGAGUGUAUGUGGGUUUGGUGGAAAGGGAAAGUGGUUUUGCGACAUGGAAAGAGACUAUUACGGCCAACUCAAAUUACCGGGAACAACAAAAGAACUUUCAUACACUGGCGUUAUCAACUGGCGAUGGGACAAUGGCGGGUAUUCGGUUUAACUGCGAAGACUCUGCGAACACUUUCUUGAAAAGUGUCAUCGAUGCAGUAGAGGAAAAUUCGACUGCUGCCUCGGCACCGGAGUUAAAUAAACUUCCAACGCACACGAGUAAAGAACGUUUAAAGAAAUUCCGUAAACUAAAGAAAGUGGAGAUAUCAACUCCAUGUUUGUUUAGUCAUGUAACAAGCAUCACCACAGCCACGCAAAUUGGUGAAACGGGAAAAAAUCAAGGAAAAAAGGAUAAAGACAACGCGCAAGGUGUUAACGGAGAAUUAAACAGACCUACGCACAUACGAAGAGCGUUCAGUAUGUCCAAGACACGCAAAUAAUUCAAAUUAUGGAUCAGUGACUUUCUCGACCUAGUAUAAGCUUAUUACAAAAUUGUGUCGCUGGAAGGUAAAUUUCGCUUUCCCCAUUUAUGCUGUGUUUUAGCAGCAGCUUUUUACAGUUUAAUAUGUAGUCAUAAACAGGCAUUUUAAAAUCCCACUUCCUUGCGCCGCUGUAGCAAAAACACCUGACGGUUGUUUUGUUUUUUUUGUGUGUGUGUUAUUCUGUGGUCAUGUUAUAGUGAGAAAUAAGCUUAGCUACAAGGAAAUUUGUUCGCUCCUGCUUGAAAUUGUUGUAAAUGCGGUUUUCGUAAAGGAGAAUUAAUAAAUUAUUUGUGUAAGGUAAGUGGUAUUUCCUUGUCCUGAUUUAGCAAAGUUUUAAGGGCGCGAUCAAGGAUAAACAAGUUAUUUUACGCUUAUCUGUAGACCAUUCACCCUACACAGAUCUGCAUCCUUAAAUGGCAGUCGCUGUCACGAGGAAUGUGUGUGUCUACGACAGAGAUAAGUUCACGCAAGAGAGAUUCUUUUAUUUAAAUCGGCAGGCUUCUAAUUUAUAAUUCAUCUUUGUUUAAACAUUUCUCUUCUUUUAAUUCAAAUUUUAACCUCAGGGUUUUUCCUUUCGUGCAAAUAGAAAUUUGACAACACACAAUUUUUGAAGAAAAAAGAACGAAACUGAAAACAAAUUCCUUUUUGAUUUAAGCUACAGAAAAUUGCUUCUUUAUUGCACCAAUAAGCUAAAUUUUUUUCUACAAAUUACAACACUUUCCUUGAUGCAGGAAAUAUUAUUUUAUCUCCUCUCUGACUGGACUCGCUCACACAGCAAGCGGGCAAGAUGAAACAAAUCCUGCGUUGUGUUUGCCUGCUAACCUGAGAAUACGGGCGUCUGGAAAAGCGGGAAUCCGGAAUCGGGAAUAGGAACGGGAAUAGGAACAGGAACAGGAACCGGAACCGGAAUAGGAACUGGAAUGGGAAGAGAAACCUAUAUAAAAGCAGGGACAACAUUUACCUUAAUUUAAGUUAAUCUGGAUUUAAUUCCUGUUCAGAUUAUAUACGAAAAAUAAGGGAAAAAUAGAAUAGGAACCGGAAUAGGAACAGAAAUAUAAACAGUGUAUAGAAUAUGAAAAGAAAAAGAUAUAAUCGUGAUAUAACUAAAAAGCCAGAGAAAUAAUUAAAGAAACAAGAAAACACCCUUGAAAUGUUAAUCUAAUUAACCUCUCUUUAUCUUUAGCCUAUGACACAUUGUGUUUUCGUGUCAAACAUAAUAGCGAACUUAAGCAACGAGAACGCUGACCGUUGCUUGAUGGAACGCUUCUGUCUCACACAACGAAUCUGAAUUCUUCCUCUUACCUUCCAGUGUGCGAAUUUGUUGAGUCAGAGCACCUAAAGACAGAAAACAUCCACUUCCAGUUUCCAUUUUUAAUGUCCUGGACGUCAACGUUCUGCUUGCUUAUUAAGGUCCCUAUUGCACGCGGUUGAGGUAGAUGAAGUACUGGCCGCUGAGAUGGGUUUUGGGGGGGGGGAGGGGGAGGAAGUACAUGUUAAUACCCUUUUUAAGCUGUGGACUAUCUAUCUCUGGUUAACUUCCCAAUUUAGCACCGUACAAUAUAUCUAUGGAGCAAACCUGAGGUGUAUGGCAGCCCAAUAAACGUCUCCGAUGGGUGUCUCAGAUACAUGAUCUGACAAAUAAUAUUAACAUGUGAUAACCACCUUCCUGUGAGAGACAAAAAGGAACCUUAAGAUCUGACGACGGCAACGCCAGCGAAAACGCCACUGAGAAACUGAAUUGGUCUUAAUUCAAACUAUUUCUCAUUAAUUCCAAAUUGCCCAGUCUUUUAAAGGUUGGGAAAUGAAGCUGGAGACCGUCCGAGCUCAGAAAGACACAAUAAAAUUUAUUGCCUGCCGUUCACGUUCCUAAGAGAACUUAAGAUUUGAUCAUUUACAUCAUAGUUGUGCAUACGCGUGAAGAAUUUGACAGAAAGCGCGACAUUUAUGCACUCGCAAAGCUGUUGCUUUACUUAUUUAACUUGCGGCUUUUUCUACCUCCUCGCUGCCGUAUUAUAAAGAGAUUCAGGGGGAGCAUGAUACCAGAGUAGUGUUCUUAUUUUCUGUAUAAAUUGAAUUCGAAUUAAAAUAAUUUAAAGUAAAUAAUAUCCCUGUUCUUGUAUCGGUUCCUCUUCACAUUGCUGUUUCUGUUCCGUUGCUGUUUCCGGUUCCGGUUCCGGUUCCUGUUCCCAUUCCCGUUCCUAUUCCGGAUUCCGGUUUCCGGUUUUUCCAGACGCCCGAGAAUACAGGCGUCAUCUCACGACACAAUCACUAGUUUUCCUGCCAAAUGACCUCUGAGGAACAAGUGUUUUAAUACACCAUACUGAUGACAUGUCGCUACUCAAAUCUGGGCAUUGCUUCCAAAUUAUUGGUUCAAGCAAAUUUCCCUUGCAACACCACCGAUUAAAAGCACUACCAUGUUGUAAUCUGGGUAGUGACAUGCCAUUAGGAUCAAAUUUGUGCACAUGUUCAGACAUCAUUUUGCAGGAAAACCAGUGGCGUCACAAAAUGUUGGCUGUUUUCCUAGGAUAAUUUUAUUGCCUAUCUCAGUGGGCAAAUGGGCUUAUCUUUCUCUCAAUAGGAAAUACUUUGUUUUGGCCACAUAAUGUAUCUAUUAUUGACCAAGCUUGUUUGGUCAAGAUGGCCAGAUAUUUUCUCAUUCGUGACAAAUAUCCAGCCCUCCUGACCUCGCACAUGGUCAAUAUUACAGAUUUAUUAACGCAUUAUACGGGCUAUAAGUGCCAUAUGUUAUUUUGUUUUUUAGUGUCCAUUUGUUCCCCUAAGAAUGAGAUUUUCAAUCUGAAAGUUGGGUUAAAUCAUUCCUUUCAUGGAGUCAAUUCUUGGUAUGCUUAAGGUGUAAUGUAGGUGACAGGAUUGUUUAUCUCAGGAAACCAUGUACUUUAUUUUGAUGGUUUGACAAAGUCUGUUAUCAUGGGAGUUAGGUUUUUAUCUAUAGUUUAAAAAUAAAGAAACAUUACCAAGUUUUGACUAAAAGAUUUUGCCAAGUGUGCUAGAUUAUUGAAUAUGGCGUCAAAAACUUCCUAUGUAGAUUAUUCAUUCUUUUAUUAAUACUACGAUUUUGGUUUGUUUUGUUUGUCAAGAACGUUGUUUAUCUCGGUAAACCAUGUACUUUAUUUUGAUGGAUUGACAAAGUUUAUUAUCAUGGGAGUUAGAUUUUUAUAUCUAUAGUUUAAAAAUAAAGAGGUGAGUCCAAGUUUAGACUACAAGAUUUUGCCAAGUGUGCUAGAUUAUUGAAUAUGGCUUCAAAAACUUUCUUUGUAAAAUAUUCAUUAUUUUAUUAAUACUGCAAUUUUGGGUUGUUUUGUUUACCAAGAACACUGUAUAUGACAGUAAACCAUGUACUUUAUUUUGAUGGUUUGAAAAAGUUUAUUAUCAUGGGAGUUAGGUUUUUAUCUAUAGUUUAAAAAUAAAUAAGCAUUACCAAGUUUAGACUGCAAGAUUUUGCCAAGUGUGCUAGAUUAUUGAAUAUGGUUUCAAAAACGUCCCAUGUAAAUUAUUCAUUCUUUAAUACUGAGCUUUUAGGUUGUUUUGUUUGCCAAGAACAGUGGGCAUAAAAUGUGUUAGAACAGGAUAGCGCAGGUACAGACAUGAGCAUCAAGUAAUCAAAAAUAAUGACUGUGCUUGUGACAAUACCCCCCAGUUCCCAUUAACUGCCAGCUGGCUAGCUCAAUAACGGGUUCCACAUGACAGAUUCACAGGUUCGUCUGGCUUCAUUUCCCAUCAAGUGAGGAGAAGGAGCUUAUAGUCCCUAUUUCCAAUCACUUCAAUUGUCAAUUUCUCCCACCCCGACCCCCCAGGUCCCUACCGACAGAUCAAUAAUUUAAAAUUUACCUGGGGGGGAGGGUCGUGGGAAGAACUCAACAAUCCUUUAUACAGGGAGACUCACCCUCUUAUAUACCAUUUUAUGACAGAAAAGGUAUCCCUUUUGUAUACUCUCUGUUGACAAAUGGUGCCCCUUGGCUUUCACAUCCCUCAUUGAGAACUUUACAUUCCUCUUAACUGCAAACCACAAAACCAGAAUUAACCAUAAAAUGGAUCUGUUAGCACUGUUACCGGGAGCCCAUUAAUCAGCUUCUGGAAGCCUGAAAAAGUUACCAGUAAUUUCUUUAGUCUCCUCACUCCACCCAGAGAAGAGACUUUUUCAAGGAGGGUGCAUGUUCCCAUUUUCAAAGCCAUGGCUGGUAAUCAAACCCACAGAUCAAAUCACUCAAAAAGUUAUAAGUGGGGGAUCCGCCCAAGUACCUACCCCAUACCCUUCUUUAUACCAUUUUAUUACAGAAAAGGUUCCCCUUUAGUAAACCUUCUAUUGCCAAAUUGUACCCCUUUCACCUACCUAGUUUAGAACUUUGCAUCCCUGUUAACUGCUGUAAAUGCAGAAUCUUUUAAAUGUGAAUAAAUCACAAAACCAGAACGUUUUCUUGAAUUUUUCAAAGCCAUGAAAUGCAUUUGUUAGCCCUUUGAGCAUUUUUACAUAUUGAAAUGACAGAUUCCCUACCCUUUCAUAUACUUCAACUAGUGAAUUCCCUAUCCUCUUAUAUUCCUGAAGCCUGAGAAAGAAAAAGGAACCCCUUUCAUCCGGGGCCUCCUCGCAGAAGAAGGUUUUAGAAUGAAGAAAGAGGUGCAAUUACAGCCAUCAUGCAUAUUUUCACUGUUGACUAAGUUCAGAUCACUCAAAGUAGAAAGAGAGGUAUAACUUUAUCUUUCAUACUGUAAGUCUGAGCUGAGGUAGCCUAAGAGAAAGAAUGGGGAGGGAAAAGAGGACUUUUUUUUCUCCUCUUCUCUUUCUCAGACUCCUCGCGGUCGGCCGAGGCGUCUAGGGUCGGUCUGGGUCUGGGUAGCCUGUGCGGUGUUGUGUCUCACCCAGCACCGGUGAAAUGGCGGCUGUAAACGGCGUACAAGAUAGAGGAGGUCCUUACAUUCUUCUAUUUCUUGUCAGACAGUAAGUGAGUUGUUUUUUUCUUUUGUUCUAUUUUAGAAACUGUAUAUGCUAAAUUACAAAGAGGGUUUACCGUUAAAGAGGGCAAAACGACCGGCGAACUCAUUUUAAAAGGCGGUAUUACAUUAUAAAAUACGAAAGCAUUAUGAGCUCAAGUAAGCUUACGUUUAAUUUUUUAACCCAUAAAUGGUUUCAGCUUGCAUCCAAGGAGAUUGUGUGAUCCUUACCAAGAGGAUAAGUUUAAUAGUUUUAUCAUCCUUGCAUAUAUGACUGUUCAGCGCAGAGGGAUAAUUUUCACUCUAUAAAGAAUGCACCCCAUAUUGUCUCUGUUAGGCUUGAGUAUUUUGGUUUAGUUUAAGCUUAAAGCUGCUUGAGUCACUGUUGAGUUUCAGUGUUUCUGAAACUUUAAUAGCAGUUGCACUGAGAACGGGGGAAAUAUCCAAUCAAAGUUAUGGUAAAAUCCGUGAAGCUAAUAAAAAGCUCAUGUAGAUAGUAGUAUCUAUAAAAGGAGGUGGGGAGGGCAGGGGGAAAAUGGUUGCCCUCUCAUAUUAGCCACUUUGACAUGUAGUGAGAUUGUGUUUCAACAAGAAAAAGUGGAUGGCCACGAUUUUGCACUCUACAAGUGGUAUUUUCAAAAAUCUGGCUGACUGAUUUUCUAAGACAAGCAAGUCCAAGACCCAUUGACCUGAAAUGUUGUGUGCUAAAAUCAAAUAAUAGUUUUAUUUUUGCAAGAUUGGCCAGGUUGGAUUUAUGAAAAUAUAGCUUCCAAAAUCUAAAAUGGACAACUUAAGGAGGCUGGAUUGGAUUUUUUUCAGGCCAAUACCUCCCAAGUUUGAGCAUUAACUAUGUCGCUAUUAACAAAGAUAUGCCCUGGAGAAAUGAAUUCCACAACUUUAUUAGACAAAGAUGAAAAUUUAUCAUGAACAGUAUAAUGUUGACAUCAGAGUCAUUAUAGCAACAAAAUGAAGUCAUUAUAUAUUUACUUGCAGCCAUAUUUUUUGGCACUGGGAGAUUUUUUCACAAUUCCUCUUGAGAGUUUGUUCCUCCAGUCCCUGCCCCAGUGUCCAAGAAGUUUGAGCAAAAUAUGAGUGUUUUCAAACAUUUUGCGAUGAUGUUUUUAGCAGAGCCCUUGCAUGUGCAAAGCGCGCGCAGCGGAGCACCAUGGGUAAGACAAAUUGGAAACCCAUGAAAGCAAGGAAAUUUGGUUAUGACGUAAAGUAUGCCUGAAUGACCAUCCAUACAUCCACUACAUGUAAGCCAAUGUUAAAUGUCAGGUUAUCAGUUUGGUGGGAAAUAGCCUGUUGCAGGCUCUGAGAUAUUCGGGCCCGCUGAAUUUAGAAAGCACAAACACGAAAAUAAAAUGUGAGGAAACUGGGGAGAGAAGGGGUGGCGAAGCCUGUAAUCAUUUCUUUAAACAACCCAUUCCGGUAUACCAGCUCCUGUUAUACCCUCUGAUUGGUCAGAUUUGCUAAAUUAUAUAGACACUCUCAAAGCAGGGCGUUCCCCUCAAUCAGAAAGAUGGUAUGCAACAUCCACACAAGUGAAAUAGUGGAAUCCACUAUAACUUCUGUGUUGAACAAAUGUUUACGAGAUUUCCCACACAUAGGAGUGCUGAGGAAGGAACAGAAGACUUUCCUUGUGAACUUGGCGCGUAGAAAAAAUGUUUUUGCAAUCCUGCUGCCUGGCUUUGGUCUUGCCUGAUAACAAAGUGGCAACAACAGAACAGUCGCAGGAAGGAGUUAUCUACACACUCCCGUCCAGACUCACAUUACCUCAGGAUCUCUUUAGAAGAACUAGCUACGACAGUUUUACAGCCAAAAUAUGAUCAUCUCAAAUGCGCCAAAAGUGGGCAGAAGAGGGUCGUAAAAGAAAUGAUUACAGGCUCUCUCUCAUUUCCAUUUUCCUUUUUCUGGCCUCGUCAACUUUUCGUGUGCCUUUUACUUUCACGUCUUCCCCACUAUCUUCGAGCCUGGAACAGGCUAGGCAGGAAAGGGUAUGGCCACCUGCGCCUUGUGAAGCAAAGACAACUAAAGAGUCAAUAAAGACGAAAAAAGAAAAAGGAAAAAUUUUCUGUAUUCGUGUUGUCUAAAGUAUUAAGCUUAGUUCAAUAAAAUUGUCAUGCCCACAAAUUUGGAAUAUAGAAAAAGAGGUAGACAGAGAAAAAGAGAUAGUAGGGCAACAGAAAAAGAGCUAGAGCAAGAGAGAAAAAACAAAGGAGACAUUUUUGGUUGGGGGAAGAACAUGAAAUUUUAUAGUUGUGGUGAGAAAAUGAAAAAUGCUUGCAUCCACCAGGGUGAAAAUGAGGGACAUGAAAAAAAAAGUGUACAUGGACACAUACGACAUUUUCUCCAUAAAAUGGGUAACCAGGAAGUUUCUGGAAGUUUCAACUUGUAGUCGUCCUAAACAAUGGCAAACAAAUGUACAAAAAAGUGUGCUGCACAUGCGAAAUUGUUUUUGAGCUAAUUAGACCUAUUGCUGUUUUUUUACCGUUCUCGUUGCAUUGGCGCUUGGCAUUACAGGAUUUUAUAUUUUGUUUGAGCAAACUACAAAUUAAUAUUAUCGAGAGCUUCGCUUGUAGCGCUGGCUAAAUCUAUAUAUUAUGGUUAGAAAUACAGCGAAAACUGGAAAAUCUCAAUGCUUGGACAUUUUCUUUAGAAAAUGAAGCGUUUUUGAAUGAAUUGCAAUUUUCAGUUUCAAUCAUGGAGAUAGCUUUAACUGAUUGCCAGAACUUGAGAAAGAAGGAUUUGAUUAGCAUACAUUGAGGUGCUGUUGUUGGCAUUUUUGUAAAUAUUUUGGUCUACUUGAACAAAAUGUGAGCAAAUAAUUUGGAAACUGUGCAAUAAAGUUUUUUCAAAAAAUAUGUUAACUGCAAAAAUCUAAUCAAGCCAAUGAUCAACAUAUGAAAUCUUCUAGCAGACUCUAUUAGCCUACUAAUCAGUAAAAACUGCUACCAUUUGCCUAAAAUAAAACCGAAACUCAAUUUUGGAGCUUCUGACAAACCCAGACAUCACAACACAGAAGGAUAAGGAGAUGCAAAAAAGAAGGAGCAAAGAGAAAAGAAGAAGGAGAGAAAAAAGCAGUUGUCACACUUUUAGUUUUUAUAAUGGGCUAAUUGUAUCGUGAGUUUACUUUGAUUGACUCUUUGCUUUCUUAUAAUGAUAAUAAUAAAAAUAAUAAUAGGAAACUUUCAUCAUCAAUCCUAAUUUUUAAUAAUAAGGAAACUUUCAUCAAAUCACUGCAUGUGGUUUUCCCACAAAACUCCAAUAAAAGAUAAUAAGUCCCUAACUUUUUCUUCAGAUUAUUUUAAAAGCAUUGUUUUGUUACUUCUCCGCUUUUUGUUGCUACCAUUUAUUGUUUUGUUGCAAAAUAAACAUACUUCACUUGAGAAUGGUUUUAAUAAGAAAAUAAGCAGCAAACAUCAAAAAAUUUAAUAUAAAAAUAAAUACGGUAUUAGAGGAGAAUGGUUAUGAAAAGCAGCAAACAUCAAUGAUAAAAACAACACUGCUGCAGUUUAUGUUGGAAGCACCCUGAAAGUCAAUCCUUUGUUUUCUGUUGGCAAAUUGUUACAGAAUAAAUUCAUGCAACAUUUUUGUUGGUCAAUACAAGUAAAAUCAAAGGAAUGCUUUUGAAUGCUGUGUGCUUUCAGGUCCACAAAAACAUAAAGGAGUCUGACGGGUUUCAUAACCAUUCCACUCAAUUAACUAUGAUUAAAAGUACAAAAUUAGACUAUAUACAGUAAAAUGAAAGAUACCUAGAAAUAAAUGUAUAUAUAAGUACUAAAUUAAAAACUGAUAAAAAGCUACAAUUGAAAUACAAAAAGCAUUAAAGAAAAAAGCUGCUAAAAGUGCUAUGCUUAAAAUUCACAAUGUCACGUGCAUUUCUAAUGUCUUUGUCUAGAUUAUUCCAAUCUUUCAGAGAGUGAUAACACACUCUCUGUUCACCCCAGUUUUUGGUUUCAGGGGUAGUCUUAGACUUGCCUACAAGUCGAGCUCAAAUUUUUUCAUGAGCACAAAGUGCAAGUGGUAUAUUUUCCUAUGUUUUUUGCGGCGAAAGCAAGCAAGAGAGUGAAAGCUCGACUUGUUUCCCCUGCAAAAAAUAGCAUCAAGUGACGUCAUUUUGGCGUAAAGUAUUUACGUUCCUGUCGCAGGUGUUGUCGUGUGCGUGUAUCUUCGCGAGCUGUCAAAGUUUGUCAAAACAAACAAAUAACGGAAAAAAUUCGGACAAGAGAAAGUAAAUAAAGGAAUGCUCAAUAUGAAAAACAGGUGCCAUCUUGUGACAUUUGUGAGCUCACUCUCCAGACGUUUCAGGCUCAUUGCAAGGUUUCCAUAUGCCAUGAAAGAAAACGUAAAAAAUAUCAAAACUUUGUAGUGUGCGCGUUUGAAACAAAACAAGUUCGUUAAUGUUUUUUUCCACUCCAUGCCUGCCAGAAAAAUCAGACCUUGGUGAAGUACUCAAAUGGAGGAAGAUAAAACGCCCACUAAAGCUUUGUAUUUGGAACAAAACAGUUCAAGUUACAUUUCAUGUGGCGUGAUCGGGUUUGAUUGACGGCGCAUCAGUAAAACCAUUCAUGAUUGGAUAAAACCUACAGGAGGAAAAUUCCUCCUGUGAAUUUGGCUUGCUGUAGGGGAUAAAAGUCCUUCGCGCUGGGGCCAACUACCGAACCGGAAAUGAGGAACGAAGGACAGUCUAGGGUAGUCUAAGCAUGUCUCUAUUGCUUGUAUUAUAAUGAUAUGAACAUCCCUGUUUGCUAGUAACUCCAUUGAGUGAUCCAUAAGGCCAUUAUAUCGCAUAUGCUGUGCAAUAUCUAACUGAAAGGGAGAUUAGUCAUUUCUAUACCGCCACUUCAUUGCCUGUCCUUUUUUUGCACUACACUGGAGAUGUAAGCCCCUCCCCCCUUUUUUCAAUGUCAUAGAAUACAUGCAGCUUUCUGAAGUGAAUCCAAACUCAAGCUAAACCCUGUUUGAUCAAUACAUUUGACCUCAAUCAACAAUGAACAAGUGUCUGGGAGAGAGGGGGUAAGGGCUUCUUUUUUCCUAGGGGAGGAGGGAGGGGGCUAUUGCUGCCUGUGUUUUUCAACGAAAUGGCACGUAAACCAACUACUGUUAUAAUUUCUAGCAAAUUGUAUAAUAAUAAUAAUAAUAAUAAUUUUUAUCACUUUCCAAAAUUAUCAAAUUAUCACAAGUACAUUUUUGCAAAGAGCUCUUCCAUUAUUGUUUCUGUUUUCUUUGUGAAAUGAUGCUUGAACGUUCAGGUUUUUAGCAUGACAAGCAAACAGAAAUUUCAACCUUUUUAAUAAUGAGUUCCUUUUUUCAACUCUGUUGGAUAAUGUAUCCGUCAUCAUUUUGGUUGAAAUUAGACAAAAUCAUUGAAGCAUUGCUUUGCCCUUUCUCUCUUUAAUGGGAAAUUCAGAAAACCGUGAACUCCAGAAAUAUUUCUGGAAUGUUAUUGUGUUGCAAGGAAAAGCAAUCAGGCAUAAGAAACUAAACCACAAGCAGCAAAGUUUAUUAGCUUGUGGCUUUGUGGCUUGCUUGCAAUAUCACCAGCCUGAUCUUAGCUGUGACUGUUUAUAAGACAAUAAACAUUUUUGGAAUGUUUCUCUCCAAUCAAGUGAUCACAGUGUUCUUUAAUAGUUUAACAGUAAAGCUUUCUCUUGACAAAAUUUGUAAUUUUAACUACCAAUAAGUUGUUGUCUGUAAUUUUCUCAUGCAGUGGUCAAACUCCAGAAAACAAGAAUGACAUAUUUCAAGGUAAAAACACAGUGUUUUAAUUUCUCCAUCUAUAGACUUAAAGAUAUUUUUAAGGGCUCUUCACGCCAUUAAUUGGCCCGAGUGAAAAAUUGGUGUAGCACUGAUUGUGCUUUGCAAAUUAAAAAAAAAUGCUGGUACAAAUUUUAAUUAUUUCAGAAAUGUGUGUUCAAUUAACACUAAUGGUAAUUAUAUUAAUUUAGACACAUUGCAAAAGGAAUGGCAUUCUUCUUAAGGAAAAGAGGAGUGUACCGUCCCAAGAGAAAACUAAUGUUUCCCCUGUAUUGUAAUUGUAUAAAAAAAGACAAUUAUAAUUUAUAACUGUGCAUGUGGUCAGUUGUAGACCACAUUUUUACUUCAUCUGUAACUUAUACACUCAUUGAGACAGUCUUCACCAUAAUUAUGUUUGCAUUUAUUAAAUCACUGGUUUAAUUGUAUUAAAAUUGUAGGACAAAUAGAUACUUUUUUGUCGGAGGAAGGAAUUGAACAAGCCCAGCUGGUUGGUACCAAACUGCAAGAUGAGCAGUUCUCACACAUUUUCUCCAGUGAUUUAUCAAGGGCACGGAAUGUAAGUUUCAUAUCAUAUAAAUUAUGUGGGUGUACUGCCAAACAGUUGGAGAAAAAAAUUAGAAAUUAAAAAAGUACUUCGUCACUGUUACAUUCCUCAAUUUACAUGUACUAAUGAUGCAUUAUCUUUAAAUGUAUAUACAUUAUUUUAUUUACUUUUUUUUCACACUCCCUUUCAAUUUGGAGUUACAUGUAAUUGCCAGUGACCCUUAGUGUCAAAUAAAAGUUGAUUUAGAUCCUUGUAUUUCUUAGACUGCAGAGGAGAUUAUCAGAAAAAGUAAUUUCUGUUCUCACUUGAAAAUUGAGCAGGACUCUCAUCUUAGAGAACGAGUAAGUACAAAAUUAUCAUUUGUCUUACAUUAAUAAUUGCAAUAAUACAAGCUUCUUAGACGUCAUAGGAAAAUAGAGCUUGUCAAAGUGGUGUGAUGACAAAGGGGUAUAACACUAAUAGCUGGAUGCAAUUUGUGUCACAUAGAGUGUUGUGUAACAGAAUAAUGUAACUUGUCUAAAUGUGACACAAGUAGACUGUUGCACAGAGUUGUGUGACAUACACAGUAUGACCCAAGAAGUGGUAGGCAGUGCUGUGACAAAUUGGAGUGUUGUGACACAUUGGUAUAUUGAUAUGGAGUGAUAUGACAUUAGUGAGACAUAAUUAUGGUCUUUUAUAAAAUAACUAAGAUAGUAUGAGCGCUCUGAUUGUUUAAAAACCUAAGUUUAUUGUGCCGCUAAACUCAUAGAAAACUUAAAGUUACUUUAUAAAAGUAGCAGACCACACUUUCUAUGGGUUUAACAGCGUAAUAACCCACUUGGGAUGCUGGGAGAACACUCAAAAAGCUCAAAUCACUCUCCUUCAGCUCAUCAUCUACAAGCUUUUCUCGUGUUCUCCCAACAUCCCUCGUAGGUUAUCAUGGCGGUAAACCCACAGAAAGUGUGGUAUAUUGCUUAAAAAUAGUGCAGUGUCACAGUGGCAUAAUAUAGGUCUUGCAACAGAUGGAGUGCUACAGGCUAGGGUGCGGUAAUGUGUCGCGGUGGAUGAACGUACCAGUAGAUAAAACAAGAAUGCGCUUACAGCGGCAUUCAGGUCUCUCCUGCUUGGAGACUAGAUCGAGAAAUGAGGAGGCGAUUAAUUCUACAAGAAACAUGGUUUACUCGCUUAAGUUUCUUUACUUUCUACUUUAUCAACGUCAAUACUUUUAUUUGUUUCUGAAUUGACUUAGUACACAAUACCCCUGCGGUUGCAGGCUAUACACAUGUAUAAAUACACAAAAAUUCAAGGGCCUCGAUUCCAGAGAAAUUGCAUCAUUGCCAUGCAGAGAUCGAAAAAGUGAUUUACAUGGCACAUCAUUUCAAUCAUCACCGAAAAUAGAUCGCAUCCUCAUCACAACACUCAUUUGCAUACCGUGAAAGUUUACAACACCAGACCAUGGCAAUUUUGCUAAUUAAGAUUCUUAUUUUUUUUACCACUCAGUAGUGUUCACUUGCUCCAAAGUAAUCAACGCUUUCAAGUGAUAGAAUUCGUGGACCGAUACGUUUUGGAAAAGCUCUAAAUUAAUUUAAUCUUUUCUAAGCUUUCUUUGCAAAACAUGUGUGGCUUCGAUCACGCAACGAUUUUUAGUCCCAGUUUCCUCAGUCUCGGCAGGGAACACCUGGCAAAAUGACCUGCCUUUUGUGUCCCAAAAAAAAACAACCAAAUACAUACCCUUUCUGAUUAGCAGGAUUGAUUACAAUCCUUCUGUAAUUUGAAUUUCCCCAAAAAACAGCACUCGCCCAUCAGGCAAGUUAAGGACAAAAAUCACUAGCCCGAUAGCAAAAUCCACUAGCCCCGGGCUAUCAGACAUGACUUUCCUUGCACACUGCGCUUCCUGAAACCCUUACCCUAUUUCAGACCAAAAUCUGUGAUUUUGCCUACCCUAUUUCAGACCUGAAGUCCUGUAGCCCAGCACAUGACCGGAGCAUGUGACAAGCUGUAGCCAGCACGUACACGGUAGUUGGCAUAAACAUUAAAACAGAAAUGGUCUUAUCACCAAAUGAUGAAGAAGUAGCUAAUUCUUCUAAAACAUUCCCAACUCAAGACUAGAGUGCACAAACCAUACCCUAUUUCAGACCAAAAUGGUCGAAAUUGAUACCCUGUUUCAGACCAAAACAGCUAAAAAAAACAUACCCUUAGGCACGGCACAUACCUAUGUAGCCUAUAUAAGGACUACCCCAUGGGGCGAAAAACUUGUUGCAGGUCAUGUGUCUUGCUGCUUACGCAAGCGAGACUAAUAAUAAUUUUUGUUGCUCAUAUGUUUGAUAUGGCUUGUGUUGAAUGACCAGUCACUAGUCAAAGAAGUUACAAUGUAACGCCACAUUCUGAAAGAACGGUUAGGUAGUGGUAUUAAAGGGUGUCUUGUUUUCCCUUUUUGGCACAUAGUCCUUACUUACAUGCAUUAUAAAGUAUUUAUUUAAUCUGUAUGGAGUUUAGCCAAGUUUCUUGUUGACAUUGAGGUUGUUGAUGUAUAUUUUCAAACAGUUUCCUUGUGAUUGUUUAGUGUUAUGGUGCAGCUGAAGGAUGCUCAAAGCCAGAGUUUCUUCAAAUGGCAGCAAAAUUUAGUGCAAAACCACGUGAUUUUGUUCCUGAGGGAGCUGAAACACUUGACCAAGUGAGAAGAAGAGUUGGAACGUUCUUUGAUUCCAUGAUUGAUCAUAUUGGAAAUUCAUUCAAUGACAGUAGCUGCAACACUUGUGAAACCCAGAAUCAUCCUGGUCAUCAAACUGAGAAUCAAAAUUGUCUACCAACCUCAGAAGAGGGGAUUCACAAGGGACAAAAAUCAGCCUGUGUGGCUAACCUUCUUGUUGUUAGUCAUGGUGGAGCUAUACGAGAGUUACUCUACUACAUAGCUGAGAAAUUUCCUACAAAGUUCCUGGAGAAACCCAGAAUUGGAGCAGUCUCCCCAAACACUGGGGUUUCAAAAUUUCAGAUUAAUUUAAAUGAACAGACAAAAGUGAUCGAGUUUGUUACAUGUUUCUAUUUGCAUAAUGCAGACCAUCUAAAAGACACAAAAGACCACUUCUAGGUUGGAAAAUUGAUAACAUUUUGGUUAUUUAUUUUUCCUUGAGCAUGCACUAUAUUCAGCAUUGCAGCAUCUAAAACACAGCAGAGCUAAGGAGAGAUUUUUCAAUACAGUACACAGACCCCUUUUGGCAAAAGUGGUUACAAUACAGUAUGGUAAUAUGUUUUGAAAUCGUACAAAAAUUGUACACAUGUAACAGCAUUGUUGGAUGUUGAAAGCUGCAUAAUGUUGUACAAUACGGAGACAAAAAAUAUUUUGUUUAUUCCUUGAAGGUAAUGUCCAAUACUCACCACUUGUACAAGUCAUAAAAGUCUUGAUUCAAACGCUACAACUCUUACAAAUGGUACAAGUUGUGAGAAAAGCCUUUUGAAAUAGAUUUUAGGAAAGUAAUAAUUAUGAAGUGUUGGUUAAACUGCAUCUCAUGAUCAGCGACACUUCUAAUAGCCCUGUUCAAGUGGCACAACAUAUCACAGUCAUCACUUAAGACAAUCGCACAAAUGGUAAACAUUAUUUUACAACUCAUACAACUCGUAAGUAACUUGAAUCUCGUUUUUAUGACUUCAUGCAACACUCAGUAGUAACCUGCGAGCAAGCUGUCUGGUGGGUAGGGUGGGGAGAAAAUGCUCUUUUUCUUCCCCCACCCCCAAACAGCUUGCUCACACAGGGCUUGAAAAAAACUUGAUGCAGCUUGUCCUUAGCCUACCACGCAGAUGUUCUUAGGGGUUCGUCACGCGUUCCUGGGGCAGGAAUGCAUGAUGAACCCCUAAGAACGUCUGCUUGGGAGGCUAGCUUGUCCUUUGUGCAAGCAGCCCUCACAUUUUGCUGGCCCGAGGCCACUUCUUGCUUGUCUUAGUUAAUGAUUUAGUUAGAAGAUGACAUGCUUAGACCCUUGCCCGUUGGGCAAGCAUAAAGACAAA